UUCUGCUCUCCAAUGCGAGCCUGAUUAUCAGGCAUCGUGAAAUUCUUCUAACUUACGUCCUUGUAGUCAAGCCCAGCUACUUUACAUUACACUAGCUCGUGAGCCAUGACGGGAUCGUCAAUGCUUUCGAUGAACCUGGUCGGCUCUAACAUGUUCUCGACGACAAACUUACCAUCUGCAGAACAUGAGCCAGAAACGCCGGGGCUAAGCUCACACUCACUGGGUAUGUCAUUUCCUUCGGCCCGCUGCCUUGCUGUCUCCUCAUCGGGGCAGAUCCCCGUCUCCACAUGCCGCUUGACGAGCCUCCGCAGCGCCUCCGCCUCUUCGACCCUGAGAAACCACCGCUCAUCCAACAGCUCCGCGGCCACCCUCCACGGCUCGAUCGCCAGGAAGGCGUAGAGACCCUCGAUCACGACGAGCCGAUGGUGCGGAUGGACGGCGAGCGCGUCUGGCGCCGGGUCCUUCAGGGCGUGCGAGAAGGUCGGGGCCUUGACGACGACAGUGGCGGCAGGUCCGCGCAGCGCCUGCACGAAUGCGACGUACCCGGCCCCGUCGAACGUCCAGUGCGCGCCGCGGCGCUCGUGUGCAAGCCGGGGAUCGGGCAGCGCGUCGAGCUGCGCACGCGAGAGGUGCCACCCGUCGAGGCCUACCAGGACCGCAGGCGCAGGGUCGCCAGGCACGGCGCUGUCGUUGACGAGGCUCACGAGGCGGUGGCAGAACGACGAUUUGCCGGACGCGGGGCUGCCGGCGACGCCGACGAUGAGGCGCGUGUCGGGCGGCGUUCUGCCGGGCGUGAACGUGCGGCAUGGAGAUGCAUAGGCACCGGGAUGACGCACUGGCGCAGUUGUGCGACGAGGGCUGCUGCGAGCUCGGUGGUGAUUCUGUCCAUGUGCGGAGUUACUUCGCCCACUGAUCGAUCGCGAACCAGUACUUAUGUAGAUUACCACCGCAAACAAACGACAAACAGAUUGAUAUACGGAAUGGGUACCGCGACUACUUGUUCAUAUUGAACUCGAUUAGAUGGACGGGGGACGGGGUAGUGCCCGUGCUGGACUGCUGGUAGAGCACCGAGAGGACCCCGCUGGGCAGCCUCGCCCUGUCCAACGUGACUUCGCCAAACGCAUUCAACCCGGCGGUUGUCCCGUUGUAAGCCACCGUCCAGUCAGUCCACCCCGACGCCUUCGUGGCUGUGACGACCCGCACGAACGGCAUCACGACGUACACGUUGUCGCUGGCGUCCAUCACGAUUUGCGAGCGGCCCACGCUCUGGAUGAAGAACGGGAUCUCAAACUUGGUCCAGGUGCCAUUAGAAUUCUGAUACAGGUGGAACGGCCGGGCGAAUUCUGGUCGCCCGGUCUCAUAGUUCUGCACGCAUUGGCCGAAUCGCCCUGCGGAGACUAGUCAGACGACACGAGCAGCGGAUGAAUGAAGGAGUAUUCACCAGGGACAUACGAGAUGACGAUCACCCAGGUGUCAGUGCUCAU